AUGCGCAUAGCUGUUGCUGGUACUUGCCGGUUAGCAUUACUGAUUGCUCAGGAGAUCCAAGGGUCAACCAGUCAUCAAGUUCUCAUCUUGUCAAGAGUCGAUCAGACAAUCCUGAUAUCACAAGGUUAUCAGUGUCAGAUUGUAAAUUACAAAAGCUCAUCGUCCCUCCAGCACGCGUUGAUGGGGGUUGAUACAGUCAUCUCCACAGUGACUGGCAGGCUUCAGCUACGACUUGUCGAAGCAGCCGUGCAGUGUCGCGUCCGCCGAUUUGCCCCCGCCGAAUUCGAAGGUCAACCAGGGCAGCGUGUGUCGAACAGCAUCCUAGACCGUGGCAAGACCUCGGCUCUCAAUCUGCUCCAUCACUAUGCCGCGAACAUCCAGUCGACUGUUUUCGUAUGCGGAAACUUCUACGAACGCUUUGCUGUAGGUGGCUUGCGAACCCACCAUGUGGGCGCCAACAUCGCGAGCGGAGAAGGGGACUACAUUGCAAACCUACGCAACAUGACUGCGGUUGCGCCUGUGUACGAUGCUGCCAACAAUUACUCGUAUGUCUGUUUGACAUCGAUGUACGAUGUUGCCAAAUUUGUGGUUCGGUCUUUAGACAUGCCACAUUGGCCUGCAGAGAUGUCCAUGUGCGGCGAGAGGAUCGGUGGUAAUGCUCUGAUCGAACUUAUCAAGACAUGUAGAGGUCGUUCAUUCCAGUACAUCGAUUGGCAGAACCCAGCAGGUAUGACUAUCGACCUGGCUCAAUCUGUUUCUGCAUUGACUGUAACCCGCAGGUCUUCAGUACCAGCUUAGCAUCGCUCAGAGGGGAGACAGCAUCAAUAAGCAGCAACAGGUAGCGACACAUCUAGCAACCGCGGAAGGGCGCUACGACUUUGUCACCCCCACGUACUUGAACACCAUGUUCCCAGAUGUACCGACGACGUCUCUCUCAGCUUGGCUUUCCCGUGCCUGGGCGGACAUAUCCUGA